AUGACAAACCGUCCUGAAGUUUUGUGGGCUCAACGCAGCAGCGAGACCGUCGCUGACAAGAACAUCGUGUACUUGACCGUGAACGUACCAGACAUUGACGAGAAAAGUCUCAAAUAUGUACUGACUCCUACUGAGAUUACCUUCGAAGCAGAGGCAAAAACCGACAAGAAAGUAUAUGCGUUCUCGUUCCCGCUAUUUGGUGAAGUAGACACAGAAGCGUCUCUUAGCAAAUUGAGCACGCGCUCUUUCACGGCGGUGCUGCGAAAGAAGGACAUCAAAAGUGAAUAUUGGCCACGACUAACGAAGGAUAAGGUGAAGCUGCCGUUUAUCAAGACUGACUUCAGCAAAUGGGCCGAUGAAGACGAGCAAGAUGGCGCACCUUUGGAUGAAGAUAUUGGCGGCAUGGGUGACAUGGGCGGCAUGGGUGGCAUGGGCGGUAUGGGUGGCAUGGGCGGUAUGGGUGGUAUGGGCGGUAUGGGUGGCAUGGGCGGCAUGGGUGACAUGGGCAUGGGAGGCAUGGGUGGAAUGGACUUCAGCCAGAUGAUGGCCUCCAUGGGCGGAGGUGCUGGUGACGCCGGCCCAUCAGGCGGGGACGAACCAGCCGACUCUGACUCAGAUGAUGAUGGCCCACCCCCUCUUGAGAAUGUUUAG